AUGACCACCGAAGACACCGCCAACUUCUCCAGUCCCGAUAGCCCUCGCAGACGCUCUUUGAGAGACGCGCCGCACGUCAAAUUUGGCCUAGUCCCGGUGCUUGAGGAGGACUCGUCUUUAUUGCAAAAUAUAUCGACGGGUCUUCCGCGCUUAGAUCUCGCCUUGUCGCUGCCUGCGGAGCCGCGGCCGUCACCGCUAGGCUUGGGUCUAAGCCGGCGCUAUGUGGAUGGCAACGCGGGCGCGGAUGAUGAUAUUGCUGCGGGAGUGCGACGGGGGGAGGUGACGGAGAUUGUGGGACCGAAGGGUCAGGAAAGACGGUGCUGGCAUACUGCGGGGCCGAUAUGCAUUUCUCGACUACAAUCUAUACUCAGGGAGAGACGGGAACGGUCUCCAGCGGAGGGUGAGCCGUCACUGGCAGACAACAAAUUCAAUCUCGAAAAGCUCCUACACUUCCGACCAGCGUCCCUGGCACACCUGAUCGCUCUCCUCUCGCAUCCACCCCGUGGCUUCCCUCCUAAGAGCACGGGCCUAAUUGUGGUUGAUUCGAUCUCGUGCCCUUUUGCUGCCGAGUUUCGACCCAGGCUACCGAAACGGUUGCGUGGGGCCGAACUCUCGCACGCGGAGCAGACCAAGUUAGAGAAGGAGUCAAGCCUGUAUUUCAGCCUAAUUGGGAGUAUCUUGUCCGAUUUACGCAGGCUGGCAAUCCGUCUAAACUGCGCGACGGUGGUUAUUCAUGAAAUGGGAUCUCGGGUCAAAACCACUAGGCAACCGAUGCUUCAUGAAGUGAUUUCCGGAUUUACCUGGGAUGCUGGAAUUGCUUCGAGUAUACUUUUAUAUUGGCAUUGGUUGCCGUGGCGGAUGAGAAAACAAACGGGGAUGAAAAGGGUUAGGAUUGCGGAAGUACGAAAAAUCGGCGGGGCAGGCCUAGCGGAGAGGUCGAUACGACGGAUUGUCCCCUUUACGGUUGAAGUAGGUGGUCCCCGGGAGAUUCUGGAUGAGGACUCGAUUGCCAUAGCGGUUCCAGCGAGCCAAAAUAUACCGGAUAUCGCGAGCGAGAAGCGAAAAUUCGACGGGAUGGACAGCACUCCGAGCCACAGAUUGAAAGUUGAGCCGACGAUUGUGAUUACAGGCCCUGAUGAUGGUGAUGACGACGACGAGAUCUUGGAUCCAUUACCAGGCGCCAACGAAGAGGACUACGAAGUGCCGGAUAGCGAAAGCGACUUCGAGCGCGAUGACUUGAUAUCCGAUGGCUCUAACCAUGUUGAGUCGGAGACAGAGAUUUUGUUUCAGACUCUCCAGGACGACUCGUAUCUGUAUGAUUGA